ACACCUUCUUUCUGCAUGGUGGAUAUUAUUUUUCCUUAUCCUUUCCUGGGUGCUAUGGGGGAUCAUUCCAAAAAAAAACCCGGGAUUGCCAUGUGCGUAGGCUGCGGGAGCGAAAUCCACGACCAGUACAUCCUCAAGGUCUCUCCGGACCUGGACUGGCACGCGGCUUGCCUCAAAUGCGCGGAUUGUAGCCAAUAUUUGGACGAGACCUGCACUUGCUUUGUGAGAGACGGCAAAACGUACUGCAAAAGGGAUUAUAUCAGGCUCUUCGGCAUCAAGUGCGCCAAGUGCGCGGCGGGCUUCAGCAGCAGCGACCUGGUGAUGCGCGCCCGGGACAACGUCUACCACUUGGAGUGCUUCCGCUGCUCGGUCUGCAGCCGGCAGCUCCUGCCGGGCGACGAGUUCUCGCUGCGGGACCACGAGCUCCUCUGCCGCGCCGACCACAGCCUCCUCCUCGACCCCGCCGGCUCGGCAGAGAGCCCCCCGCGCAGCCCCGGACACCUCCAAGGCGCCAGGCAGGGCCUCCAGCUGGCAGAUUCUGUGCCAGGGCGGCAACCCUCCUUGCGUCCACAUGUGCACAAACAGGCGGAGAAGACGACUCGCGUGCGGACGGUGCUGAACGAGAAGCAGCUGCACACGCUCCGCACCUGCUAUGCGGCCAACCCGCGGCCGGACGCGCUCAUGAAGGAGCAGCUGGUGGAGAUGACCGGCCUGAGCCCCCGCGUCAUCCGCGUCUGGUUCCAGAACAAGCGCUGCAAAGACAAGAAGAAGUCCAUCCUCAUGAAACAACUGCAGCAGCAACAGCACAGCGACAAAGCAAGUCUGCAGGGCCUGACUGGGACCCCACUGGUGGCCAGCAGCCCAAUCCGCCAUGACAGCGCUGUGCAGGGCAAUGCAGUGGAGGUGCAAACCUAUCAGCCCCCCUGGAAAGCUCUCAGCGAUUUUGCCCUGCAGAGUGACUUGGAUCAGCCUGCCUUCCAGCAACUGGUCUCCUUUUCGGAAUCCGGCUCCUUGGGAAACACUUCCGGCAGCGAUGUGACUUCUUUGUCCUCUCAGCUUCCUGAUACCCCCAACAGCAUGGUCCCCAGCCCGGUGGAAACAAACAAACCUGAUCCGCUUGGAAUCACUGGAGCUUCCCAAACCUGGGCUGGUCAUCCCCUGCUCCAACAUCUCAGACUCGUUGCAACAUUUUGCUCAUUGUGACCAACUCCACAUGCUCAUCACCACAGACCAUCACCUGGCUUUGCUUCAUCUUAUUUGGCACACCACACCAGGUGUCUGGAAAAAUCUUGAAUUCCUUUUGUUUGUUUGGUGGCCUGUGAGAGGGAACAUCUUUUUCCCCUCCUUCUCUCUACCUGAGUCCGCAUGAUUGAUGGAAAACUCUUUGCAAGACUAAGUAUUCCCCACCCCACCCCUUGCCAAUGUUAAAUUAUCUUAUGGAUGGAGGUAAGGCUGUUAGAGCCUUUGCAGACCAAAGUAAGUUAUUGUUAUUUAUUGUCAUGGCAGCCGGUAAAAUGGUUGGGAUUGAUAUUUUGACCUUAAUAAUAAAAAUGAACAAAUACCUGACGAGAAAAUA